AUGAACGUGCCCAAGUUCAAGGAGCGCGAGAAGGCCCUGGAAGAUGAUUAUAUUCGUCGCAAGGACCGCACAAGCCCGAAGAAUUCGUCUACGCAUUCGAGGAUAUCGGACUCGAAUCUGGCGUCACCAUUUGGCACAGAUUGGGCCGUCCUUUGGCUGGGCCAUUGCGGCGCAGCAAUCGAUGAUGGGGUUCCUCCGGGCCUGAUCUACGCCGACGACACGAGCGUCGCAAUAGUCCAGUACGUGAGCUGGUCAAAUAAAUACCUCGUCGACCCUCUUCCAGAGGGCCAUCGCCAAACCCAAAUCUCGACCAUGACGGUCUGCACCUUUGGCCGUGGCGUGACAAAGAGUUCACAGGAGAUUCUGUCCCUUCUGGCCCGUGGCGUGGACGAGGUAUUCGACGUCGCUUUGUCCAACUACUGA